AUGUCCAACCAACGGGGUGACGACCUUGGUCGACCCAUUGGCGAGCUAUGGGUGGAGCUGAGUCGUGACGAGAAAAAGAAGAUUUGCGACGCUCUCAUCGAUCGCGACCAGUCCGACGUGUUGCAGCACUUUGACACCCUCGUUCGAUUCACUCGGGGCUAUCUCCAGCAGCAGCCGACUGGAUCGCUGCCAUCUUCAAGCGGUAAGCUCUCUGCCCCAGUUCCUUUGGCUCUGAGUUACCAGCCUUCUGAUGAUAGAGCAGAGGAGCGCGAGAACAAUGAGGUACCUGUGGACAUGUCCAACACGCCGCGAAAGAAAGCCCGCAAGGUGCCUGAGAAGGACCCUACCUGGGAGCCUAGCAAGCGCAGGAUCGCUAUCAGGAUAGCGAUUACACCCUGUCUCUACACUCUCACCACCAGUCGAGCAUUUUCCGCGAUCAUCUCUCACAUGACGCCAAUCACCCCAAUGUCCACUUCCAUCGCUGUCCCUGGGAAGAAAGGAGAUGUACGCGAGAACGACGCGCCCGAAACCAAGUGA